UGAAACUGUCUGAAAUUAUUGAGUUCCAGUCUGCGUGGAUGCUAACAGCCAACGGGUGAGGUUGCCAUCAGCAUGAAUAUGGAGGAGGUGGGGGACAUAGAACCCACGAAGAAGACCAAGCCCGAGAAACGCACUUUAUCUGAAGAGAUGGGUGAAAAUGAUGACGUUGAAGAGCCAGAGAAAGGAGGCAGUCUGAAAUAUGGGGCACACAUAAGCACAGGUGAAAUCAUUGAAGGGAAAAGGCAGAAAAAGACUAUACAAAGACUCGAUUUCCAAGCCAGCAAACCAAAAGAACGACUGAAGAUUGAGCAAGGAAAAGGAGAGAAGCUGGGAGAGAUCGUGCGGGUGGCGUAUUUCAUCGGAAAGAUGAAAGUCGAUGACUUGAAGCCUCUUCACAAGAUUCUUUUUGAUCGUCCAGGAGCUGCAGCCUCUGUGAAGAAAAACCUCCGACAGUUCAGCGGUUUUUCCUUUGAGGCAAACAGCGAGGCCUACAUGAAAAAGAUGGAGAGGAUGAAAAGGUUUACUAAUUCUGUGCUGAAAAACAUCUGCUCUGUCCUGGACCUGGAGAGGAGUGGAACCCACGAUGCGAAAGUUGAGAGGAUCCUGACUUUCCUCUUAGACCCCAAGUCGUCUGGAAAGACCUUACCAAAGAAGAAGCGGAAAGCCAAAGACUCCAAGAGAAAAGCGCAGAGGGCCAACUACAGGAAGAGCGUGCAGGAGGACAAGUUCAGGGCGAUCGUCACUGACUCGAGCAGCGACGAUGAUGACGAGCAGGACAGCCAGGGAGACAAGGACACGUCAGCCCCGCCACCUAAAAGCCGAGAGACGAUAAGCGACGACGAGGGUGACUCCUCUGAUGACGACACUGCUGACAAAGAGACAGAUGGUGAUGAAGGAGAGGGACAGGAAUCUGUUAAGAAGAACCCUGCCAAACGGAAGAUUUCUGCAGUACAGAAGUCUAAGAAAUCAGCAGCUCCAGCAAAGAAGAAGGUGGUUAAGGACAAGAAGGCUGUCAAAGGCGACGUGUCAGUCUCCGACAAGGACAGUGACUAUGAGGAAGAGCCUGUGAAAAAACCUGCUCCAAAGAAGAAGCCAGCCCCGGCAAAACUGGCAGCCAAAACAAAGAAAGCAGACAGCAGUAGCGGCCGUAGCAAGAAGGCCAGCAACACCAGUGUAGAGUCAGACAUGGAUGACAGCUUGGACGACGAGCCUUUGAUUAAGAUGGUGAAGAGGCCACCGACAGACGACCAGCUGAAAGAGACCGUGACAAAGCUACUGAAAGAUGCCAACUUGGAGGAGGUUACAAUGAAGCAGAUCUGCAAGCAAGUGUUUGAUACAUACCCAGACUAUGACCUGUCCAAUAGGAAGGACUUCAUCAAACAGACAGUGAAGCAGUUAAUAUCCUAAAGAAGAGACUGAAAACAAUGGCAGCAAAGGCCUUGGGAUCCUUCUAGGGGGUGCGUCAGCGAAGAGUCACAACA